AUGAGAUAUUAUGUGCUACGGAAAAUCGAUUAUAUCGCUAUAUUUCGUCAAAAUGCUAAAAAAUAUUCACAAAAACCAUGUUUUCUAUUCGAAGAAAAAAUAUUUACAUUUCAACACGUUGAAGAUUUUACCAAUCGUUUAGCCAAUUAUAUAUCAGGAGAAGGUUAUAAACAUGGUGAUGUGAUUGCUCUUAUUCUAGAAAAUUGUAUUGAAUACCCGUGUGUGUGGAUUAGUCUAUCUAAAUUAGGGAUAAUCACAGCCUUAAUUAAUUCAAAUUUACGCUCGAAACCAUUACUACAUUCCAUUGCAACAGCAGGUGCUAAAGCAAUUAUUACAUCUAAACAAAUUCUUCAAGAAAUUGAAACAGAAAUCAAAGAACUUAAUUUUAGUAAAGUGUACCUUGUUGGUUCAAAUACAUCAUCAAGUGACAAUGAUCGAUUUGAUUCUCCUACAAUUGAAACAAUCUAUCUUGACAAACAACUUGCAACAUGUUCCCCUCAACAAACAAAACCAAUUCCCUAUAAUUUAAAACAUCCUGUAUUUUACAUCUAUACAAGUGGAACAACCGGCUUGCCAAAAGCUGCAGUCAUCAAACAUUCGAGGUUUUUGCUUGGAGCAGUUGGUUUUUUAGUUGCUACGGGUAUAAGUCAAAAGGACAUUAUUUACAAUACUUUGCCAUUAUAUCAUUCACAUGGUGGAUGGAUUGGUGUUACAUACAGUCUAGUAGGCGGAGCAACAACUGUAUUUCGAAAAAAAUUUUCGGCCAGUAAUUUUUGGAAAGAUUGUAUCAAGUAUAAAUGUACGUCUUUUUUAUAUGUUGGUGAACUAUGUCGAUUUCUAUUAGCUCAGCCACCAAGUGCCGAUGAUCAAAAACAUCAAAUACGUUGUGUAUCUGGCAAUGGUUUAAGAGCAAAUUUAUGGGUGCAAUUCGCAAAUAGAUUUAAUAUUAAACAAAUUCGAGAAUUUUAUGCAGCAACAGAAAGCAAUGCCUAUUUUUUUAAUCUUGAUUCAAAACCAGGAGCCUGUGGAUUUACUUCAAUGGUAAUGCCACAUGUAUUAGGCAUUGUAUUAUUAAAAUUCGAUCAAACAACGAUGGAACCAAUUCGAAAUGAAAAAACAGGAAUUUGUAUCGAAUGUGAUAUAGGUGAACGCGGAUUGUUAGCUGGAUUGAUAACUAAAAGUGUUUUACAUGCAUUUGACGGUUAUGUAAAUAAUCCAUCUGGCACAAAUCGAAAAUUGAUCCGGGAUGUUUUAAAGAAGGGAGAUCUUGCAUUUAAUACAGGCGAUGUUAUUAUUUCUGACAAAUUUGGUUAUUUUUAUUUUUGUGAUCGAACGGGUGAUACUUUCAGAUGGCGUGGUGAAAAUGUAUCAACUGUCGAAGUUGAAAAUGUAUUGAUGGAUAUUUUAAAAUUAUCAGAGGUAGUUGUUUUUGGUGUUAAUGUACCAGAAACGGAUGGCAAAGCAGGCAUGGUUGUGAUAAGAAACAACGAAAAACCCAUUGAUUUAAAAUAUUUAGAAAAAGAAUUGAAAAUACAUCUGGCAUCUUAUGCUCGACCAAUUUUUAUCCGUUUAACAGAUCAAAUCGAAAUGACAGGAACAUUUAAAGUAAAAAAGAUAACGUUUCAAGAUGAAUCAUAUGAUAUAACACGUAUUAACGAUGAAGUUUACUAUCUAAAUUCGUCUACUCAAACGUAUCAACGACUGACAAAUGAUAUAUACAUAAAAAUAAAUGAAGGAAAAAUUAAAUUUUAA